AUGAGGCUAGACGUCGUCUGUGGGGACGGCCCGCCUGUCUUUGAAGCCAGGCGAACCUUAUUUGACGCGCUGGUGGAGGCCGACAUCGAGGACCGCUACGUGCCGGAGCAGGCGGUCGUUGUUCCUGUCGAGGCUCUCCCGGCCGGUCGGUGGGGGGCUGCGACGCCCCUAUCGGCGGCGGCAACAGUGGGCUCACCCGACCUCCCCUGGAGAAUCGGAAUGCCCCUGCGGCCUCUCGGUCGUCUCCCGGCGCCGCCGGCACAAUAG